AGCGAGCGCGCGCGUGUGUUUUACUCAGAGUGAGUGAGUGGAGAGACAGAGCGACAGAGAGCGCGAGCGCCACUCGACCUGCUCUUUUAUAGCGGCUAUUUUGGGCCGCUCUACCUUCAUCCUGAACGCAGCUUCCUUCGCUCGCACAAUUGGUCCAGCAGCGGGGUUUAUAAGGGAGGAGGGUUUUUUACCUGCCACACACUCGCUGUCCGCUCAGGACACUGGAGCAGCGCGGCUUUAAACAAAACAAACUCGGGAUCAGACGUGUAUUCAUUUAUUUUAUUUAAUAUUUUUUGGACAAGGAGGGUGGUGUAUUUUACUCUCACAUAAAAGUAUAACUUUUUUUUUGGAAAAUGGCUUUACCUGGGACCAUUUUACCGUCCAUUUCUACAUUCGCGGGACAGAAAGAGAAACUUUGGGAAAGUAGGUGGAUUGGAGAAGUGGAGAAGCCGCUGGUGUGCGCGGUGCCGAUCAUGGAUGCGAGUCGUGACAGAAAGGACGACGAGGAUCUGAGCGAUUUCUUGGAUCUGGAGUUUAUUUUGGCCAACACAACCGGUCUCGAGAGCGUAGUGGGACCGGCGGACUAUAAUGCAGCAGUGGAGAACUGCAACAUGUACCAAACCGGGAGCGCGUACGUGCCUCCACCACCACCAUACUCCCACAGCCUUGUAGCGGAACUGUUGCACUCCGACGCGGACAACACGUACGGCAUGAGCACAACCACCACCAUCACCACCACCACCAGCAGCUGUAACAGCAACAGCAUCGGGAUUCAGGGCCGGUUCGUGGUGAACUCUGCGCCUUUCCCGAGGCAGGACUUUGUCGAGGGUAUCAAGGUUGAGCCGUGCGCGGACGGCUACGGUCCCGUGCUGGGCAUGGUGCCACAGAGCUGCCACCGGAUCAAGCAGGAGGGAAACGUAUCGUGUGCGAUGUCCUUUGAGCAGCCGAGACUCGCCGUGUCUCCACAGGCUGCGGGGAACAUGACGCCGCCGCUCAGCCCGGAUGACCAGGCGCGGUGUCACACGCAGAUCUGCCGCACCACUUUCCCGCAGAACGGCUACUACCCGAGCCACGCACCUCUCCCGCAGCAUCAGCAGGUGCCGCUGGCUUACGCAGGAGCGCGCGCAUACGCAGGCAUGUUCGAUGACGGCCUCGGUAUGGUGCAGCCCGGUGCGCCGCGCGCGCUCCUCACUCCGCCGUCCUCGCCGCUCGAUCUUCUCGAGUCCAAGCCGAAGCGCGGCAGACGCACCUGGCCAAGGAAGCGCGCCGCCACACACACCUGCACGUUCGCCGGAUGCGGCAAGACGUACACCAAGAGCUCACACCUCAAGGCGCACCACAGAACUCACACCGGUGAGAAGCCGUACCACUGCAACUGGGAAGGCUGCGGGUGGAAGUUUGCCCGCUCCGACGAGCUCACACGUCACUUCCGCAAGCACACCGGCCACCGACCGUUCCAGUGCCACCUGUGCGAGCGCGCGUUCUCCCGUUCCGAUCACCUUGCAUUGCACAUGAAGAGGCACAUGUGAGAGGGAGAGAGAGAGAGAGAGAGAGAAGACAAACGGCAUAAAAAAAAAGCCUUAUUACUGCCUUAUUUAAGUCCUUUGUACAAGACCAAAAGACCUUCCUGUUUUUGGGUCGAGAAAGAUUUCUAUUGUUCUUUAUACUUUUGUAUCAAUGUAGCUGGUACUACGUGGGAUUUAUAGAGCAGGCAGUUAAAGUGUUUUAGAGACAAACAGCAACCUGCAGGGCUGGUCCUAUAGCCUAAUAUAUAAAUAAAAUCUCUCUCUAUAUCUCCAUAGCUAUGUUGAAACUGGAACCAGUGUAUAAGUCGAACACGGUGCCUUUAUAGUGAUGCAUGCUGUGCUGCCAUGCAGGAUUGUGCAAAAUCCUGAAAUCACACGUCAUGACAAUGUUUUCCUCUUGAAACUGCCUCCAAAAUUGUUCUAACGACCAAGAACUGUGUUUCUCGUCUUUGAUACAGUCUUUUGGUUUUCAUGGAAGUCUAGAUAUAUUGUAUCAUGAAGGUACAAUAACCUGUUCAAGCCCCAUUGUACGCUAGCACAUACACCAGGGCUAGAUGCUCUGCAUUAUUAUUAUUAUUGUUAUUAUUAAUAAUAAUUGUUUGGGUUUUUUUUAAAGAAGUGUGUACAUAAGUUUUAUAUUGUAAGUAUUGUAUUUAUUGUACAUAUUAAACUAAAUUUGAAUAUA